GAGCUGCAGAUUGGGGAAAGGUCGGCGGCAUGGAAGAAGAAAGCUCACGGGCUACCUAAAAAUUGAAGGAACCAAGAGCAAUUAACAUAAACCCAAGGCAAUCAAAGCUAGAGAAGGGAGAUUCAUGGCUGUUUCUUACCCAAAAUCAGAGAAAUUUGCCCCCACAAAGCAGGAGCAGCCGGCGGUGAAGAGGAGGAGCAGAGCAGAUCUGGAAGCUUCCUGCAGGGGGGGAUUUCUGGGUUCCAUUUGUGUUCUAGAGCAAGAAAAGAAGGCCAAAAACCAAGCUUUCUCACCGGUUUUCCAAGGCAUGGCUGGGUUCCCCUUUUUUUUCUUUCGGCCCAUCUAUGGGUUCAAUAAUCAACCCGUCCCGGUUGAAGAAGUCAUUACUCUACCCAUCUAUGUGGGCUUGGAACCACGCUUCAGGAUGACUUCCGUCACCUUCCUAGUCGUCAAGAUGGAAUCAGCUUUCAAUGCUAUAUUAGGAAGAGCCACCCUGUGCAACCUAAAGGCUGUCAUCUCUCAACCCCAUCUCUGUAUGAAAUUCCCAACUCCUCAGGGGGUAGGAGUACUUAAGGGGAACCAGAAGAUGGCCAGAGCCUAUUAUCAAGAUACGUUCAAGAAGGUUGAGCUCGUUGCAGCCCCGGCAGGUUCUGAAAUUCACAGGCCAACCCGGCUCGGUCAACAGACAAUGAGUAUAUCAGACAUUGAGCACCGACCUAAGGGUGUCGCGCAGAAGGCAGAGCCGAUAGAGCCAGUGGAGAUAGUUCCUUUAAACUCUGAUGUCCCGGAAAGAACAGUUAAGAUCGGCACCAAGCUCACAAAAAAAGAGCGGGUAGAGCUUCUAGAGUUUCUGAGGGCUAAUCAAGAUGUGUUUGCGUGGACUACAGAUGAAAUGCCUGGCAUUCCAACAGAGUUAACAGUCCACAAACUCAGCACAGACCCCACCAAAAGGCCAGUGGUGCAAAAAUGUCACCUUUUUGGCCCUGAGAAGCAGGCUACUAUAGAUGAAGAAAUACAAAAGCUACUACAAGCAGGCUUCAUCAAGAGAGUCAAAUACUCUGAGUGGGUAUCCAACCCUGUGCUAGUUAAAAAACCGAAUGGCAAGUGGAGGAUGUGCAUUGAUUUCACCAAUUUAAAUGAGGCGUGCCCGAAAGACCCUCAUCCCUUGCCAAAUGUUAAGAAGCUAGUAGAGCCAGUAGCCGGACAUGAACGGAUGAGCUUUCUUGAUGCCAGCUCGGGUUAUCACCAGGUCCAGUUGCUGUUGGACGACCAGGAGAAAAUAGCUUUCUACGCCGAGUCAGGGAAAUUCCUGGGGUACGUGGUAUCCAAGAAAGGAAUUGAAGUAAAUCCAGAGAAGGUUCAGGCCGUUCAACAGAUGGAGCCGCCCAGGACUAUAAAAGAUGUGCAGCGUUUAACGGGCCGUAUCGCUGUGCUGCAUAGGUUCAUAGCCAGGUCGGCAGAAACAUGCCUCCUGUUCUUCAAAGCCCUGCGAGAGCCCAAGUACUUUCAAUGGAUCGAUGAGUGUCAGCAGGCGUUUGACGAGCUCAAACAAUAUCUGGCAUCAACACUCCUGCUGUCCAAGCCUGUGGAAAGGGAGAGUUUAUAUCUGUAUCUGGGGGUUACAAAAGAGGCGGUGAGCUCGGUCCUACUUAGGGAAGAGAAUAAGAAUCAAAAGCCCAUCUGCUAUGUGAGCAAGGUUUUACAAGGCGCCGAGCAUAAAUACCCACUAGCAGAAAAAGCUGCUUUUGCCUUGAAGCUGAAACUCUCUGGUUGGCUUAUCGGGUGGAGCGUUGAGCUGAGCGAGUAUGACCUCAAAUUUCAGCCGUGCACAACCAUAAAGGGCCAGGGCAAUUGUGAAAUUAAGGAUCACCAGCUUGGUCGCUAUGUCUCCGUGGUCAACAGAUUGAAGUCAAGAUUUGCUUCCUUCCAGAUCGACAAGAUACCCAGAGCAGAUAACCAACGAGCUGACGAGCUAUCAAAGUUAGCCUCCUCGCAAGAAACCAACUCUCAUAGGUCAACAAUAGUUGAGGUGCUUGACGCUCCGAGCUACACUGGUUCCACAGUCGAGUGCCAACUGCUCAGCAUAAAUCCCUCUUCACCGAGCUGGACUACCUCGCUCAUUGAUUAUCUACACAGUGGUGAGCUGCUUGAAGAUCCGUCCGCUGCAAAGUUGAUUAAAUGCAAAGCGGCUCAUUUCACGUUGUUAGAUAAUCAGCUCUACAAACGAGCAGCCUCAAUGCCCCUAUUACGCUACCUCACUCCUUAUGAAGCUGAAUACGCCGUGAGGGAAGUUCAUGAAGGAGUAUGUGGCACGCACAUAGGUGGUAGAACUUUAGCUCGGAAACUCCUGAGGCAUGGGUAUUACUGGCCAACUAUGGUUGAGGAUGCACAGAACUAUCAAAAAUGGGGAGUCGACUUGCUCGGCCCUUUUGUGAAAGGCAAAGGAGGUUGCACUUACCUCGUUGUCGCGAUGGAUUACUUCACCAAAUGGAUAGAAGUUAAACCGUUGUCCAUGACAACAGAAAAGAAAAUACAAGAAUUCUUGUUUAAUUCCAUAUUGUGCAGGUUCGGCAUACCUAAACGGGUCAUCGCUGACAAUGGUCCCCAGUUUUGAUCCGCCGCAUUGAGGUCGUUCUGUAACGACUAUGGCAUUGAGCUCGCCUUGACGUUUGUGUAUACUCCACAGUCUAAUGGAUAAGCCGAGUCUGCCAAUAAAAUCGUCCUGCGUGGCCUCAAGACGCAUGUUUUGGCUGCACAUUCUAAUUAGAUUGACGAGCUCAAUAAAGUGCUUUGGUCAUG